AUGUCUUUUUUCAAUCGGCUAUUUAAAUUUCGAAUAUUCAAAUUUCGUUCGACUCUUUCCGAAGAACUCGAAGAUCUUCACACAGAGUCACUCAAUUUACAGCAAAGUUUAAUUCACACCCGUCUACUACAACGAAAAUGGACUAAAUUAUUUGCCAUCUAUGCUUUAGUGGCGUAUCUAAUUUUGAACAUUGUUUAUUUCACUUUUUUUCUUUCAAAUGAUAAUAUCAUUCGCAUUUAUGCCGCUGGAAUUUCUCUAACAGUUGGAGCUCUGCUCUAUGGACUGUAUCGACUUAUCUGCUGGUAUUUUCGUACUAUCAUUCAAAUGAAAGAAGAUCGAUUAGCAUUGUUCAAAGAUCGGAAACAAGAAUUAAUUGAAGAAGUGAAAAAUAAAGAAACAUACGCAGUAGCAAAAACUAUAUUAGAAAAAUAUGGCGAAACAAUAACAGCUGACUUUCAAUUACCACCACAACCGACAGAAUCUAUAAAUAGAGAUCUACGCCAACGUGUAACAGUAAGACCAACAGUACCCGGUUCAGACAAACCUGUUGUCUCUGUGGCACCACCUAAUAUUGGUAGAUUAGAAAACUUUACUCCGCAAGUUUCUGAACAACAAGGACCAAAUAAUGUACCUGUAAAGAAUAUACCUGGUAGAUUACCACGAGCAAUUUUACCACCCAAACGAACAUUUUGGGGAUCAAUCCUUGAUUUUAUAGUUGGCGAUGGUCCAUCAAAACGUUUAAUUUGUGACGAGCGUUUGCAUGAACGAUGGAAAUUUCGAUUUCGUUAUGCAUUAAUCUGCAAAAAUUGUAAUAGUCACAAUGGCAUGGCAUUGGAAGAAGAAUUUGAAUAUUUAACUUUUCGCUGUGCCUAUUGUAAUUAUUUAAAUAGUGCUCAUAAGCAAAAACCAGUCUUUCUCGAUAAUACUAUUGCUCAACCGGCAACGACCAGUCAACCAGAGAAUGAAUCUACUGUUGAACGUAUGGUAUCAUCUUCUUCAGAGUCAUCUAUAACCAACGAAGACAAUGAUACAGGUUUGAAUCCAACGCAUCGAUCUGUUCGUAUUCCAGACCCCGACGACGAUAUCGAUGCAUCUCGAUCUCGUUCACCGUCAGCUGAAAAUCGACAAGAACAGCAGCCAACACCAUCGCCAUCAGAAGAAAAUUGA